AUGAGCUUGUUGGUAAACACGUUCCCUGUGCAGAGGCGCGUCGGGCCCGGGGCUGUGUGGGACAGUAUAAAAGGCAGAGCAAGUGAGGAUCCCUCAUCCACCUCUCCUGCCUUCUCCUCCUCGGUGACACAGGAGCUGCUCCAGCCCCAGCCAUGUCCUGCUACGACCUGUGCCGGCCCUGCGGCCCCACCCCGCUGGCCAACAGCUGCAACGAGCCCUGUGUGCGGCAGUGCCAGGACUCCCGCGUGGUCAUCCAGCCGUCCCCCGUGGUGGUCACCCUGCCCGGGCCCAUCCUCAGCUCCUUCCCCCAGAACACCGCCGUGGGAUCCUCCACCUCCGCCGCCGUGGGCAGCAUCCUGAGUGAGGAGGGAGUGCCCAUCAACUCGGGGGGCUUUGGGCUCUCGGGGAUCUCUGGCCUCGGUGGUCGCUACUGCGGCCGCAGGUGCCUGCCCUGCUAGAGCGGGGCCGCGCGUCCAGCGAGUGCCUCCCCAGGCCAAGUGUCCCCUGGAGCUGCUGGCCAGCGUUUCCAGAGGCCUCGGGGUCCCUGCAGCCCUCCUGCCAAGGAGGGAGGCAAACGUGGCCACCUGAGGCUU